AUGUCAAGAAUUAUAUCUUAAAUAGAAACGAUAAUGAUAAUUAUCCAUUAGCUUUUUUUAUGGAUUUGGAUGAUAGAAUUAUAAAUGAAAUCAAAAAGAAUAAAUGAAUAAAUUAUAAAUCUAACUCUUUUAUUUUAGGGAUGGCAGAUGCAGCUAAAAAUUAUUGUAGAGCUCGUUUUAAAAUUGCAAAAGAAAUAAUUAAUACAAAUUUAGAGAAUAUAAGAAAAUAAGUGGAAAAAGUUAACAAACUAGAUUAAUUCAUUAUUACUUCUGCCUUAAGUGGUGGAACAAUAUCAGAUUAUACUUCUUCGCUUUUGGAAAACUUAUUUGUUGAAUAUGCAGUUUAGGCUAAAUAAAUGCAUUCUUAAUAUAUCCUUCUUAGGAAUUAUCCAAUAACAAAGUGGAUAUCUAUAAAGCUGUGUUAACCAUUCAUAUGAUUUUAAAAAUAUUGUGUGUUUUAAUGCUGGGAUAAUCAAUCUAUGUAUAAAUCCAUAGAUUCAAAGAUUGGUUUGGAUUAUGUUGAUCAUACUCACUUAAAUAAUAUAGUAUCCUAAAUAAUUAGUUCUUAUACUGGUUAAAAAAGGUUUAGUAAAAUUAAUAAUAACAAAUUAUUUUCAGAGCUUUGUCCCUAUCCAAUAAUUCAUUAUAUAAUUCCUUCAUAUAAACUUUUGGCAACUUUUACUGACUAAAUCAAUUAAGAAUUAAAUUAAAAAUAAGCGAUCUCUAAAAUAACAAUAUCAGCUUAUAGGUUAUUUCAAUCAACAAUUAAUUCAAUACAUAUUUGUGCAUCCUUAGUAUAUCGUUGUAAAUAAAAUAAUUAAUUUUUUGGUUAUUGUGAUUUAACUCUUUAAAAGAUGAAGAUUAAACAUUAAACUAUUCCAAAUUUGUUUCAAUGUUUACCAUAAAAUUUAAGAAAUUAACAUAAACUUGUAUAUUUCUUUCAAAUGAUGCUUCUUUAUUCAAUUAAUUUGAAAUGUUUGGAAAGAAAUAUGAAAAGACAAUAUCAAAUGAAUUUUAUCAUUAAUAAAUAAGGAGAUUAUAUUAAUUUAUUAUUUUUAAAAGUUGAUUGGUUUAAAUCAUUAACAAAUUACGCUAAAAGUGCUUGA